GUCAGCGAGUUUCCUUUGGGACUCUAGAUAUGUGGUGACAUUCAUUUUCACACAUCAGCAUGUGGCAGCUGCAGCCUCUGACGGUUCUGCUACUUUUAGUUUCAGCUGCUCUGCAGGAUGAUCUCCCAAAGGCUGUGGUGUUCCUAGACCCUCCAUGGGACAGAGUGCUCAGUGAAGACAAUGUGACUCUGAGGUGCCGGGGGACCCACCCUUCUGAGGACAAUUCCACACAGUGGUGGUUCAACGGGAGCCUCAUCUCAAAUCAGGAGCCCAGCUACUUCAUUGCAUCUGCCAGAGCUGAGGACAGUGGAGAAUACAGGUGCCAGACAAACCUCUCCUCACGCAGUGACCCAGUGCAUCUGAAAGUCCACCGUGGCUGGCUGCAGCUCCAGUCCCAUCGGUGGGUAUACCGGGAAGGCGACCGCAUCCAGCUGAGGUGCCACACCUGGAGGAACCAACAGUUACAUAAGGUCACAUAUUUAAAAGAUGGCAAAGGCAUGAUGUUUUUCCAUCAGAAUACUGACUUCUACAUCUCAAAGGCAGCCCACAAUCACAGCGGUUCCUACUUCUGCAGGGGGCUUAUCGGGAAAAACAACGUGUCAUCAGAGAGUGUGAACCUCCUCGUCCAAGCUCCAGCAGUUCCAACCACUCCAGCAGUUCCAACCACUUCACAAUUCUUUCCACCUUGGCACCAAAUUGCUUUCUGCCUGUUGAUGGGACUCCUGUUUGCAGUGGACACAGGCCUGUAUUUCUCCAUGCAGAGGGAAUUCCGAAGCUUAAUGGGGGGACUGAAGAAUCACCAAAUCAAAUGGAGCCGGGACCUUCAGGACAAAUGAGCCUUCAUCCCACAAGGUAACAGGAACAGUGGCAGCAGCAUCUCCUAGCCUUGCUCUGGAUGCACAACCCCAUCAGCCCCAAGAGUCAUCUUUGUGAGCAGCAAGAGAAAUACACCUGAGAGCAUGGGCUGAGGGCUCUUCACCAAACCCUGUAUUUUCUCUUGGUCGCCAAUGAAGAGGAAGGGCCUGUGAUUUUCAGGUGCAAACAGUGAUGCCCCAGUGAGUAACUGCAGUCCCCAAAAUUGAAGUCUCAGAGCUACACAGAUAUGUCCUUUAUCCCAACCAUUCUCUCACUGGAAAGCAACAAUGCAGGCUGAAGAUAGUGACCUUUUAAAUGUAUAAAUAUUGUUCCUAAAUAAGUGAAUAAGUAGAUAAGUAAAUUAAUGGUCGAGGCAGGGCCGGAUAGCCAGUUGGACUGCAUCUGUGGCUCCAAGGCUGGAUGUUUUCAGGGUAUCCAAAACUCCUUCUGGGCAUAGCAUAGGGACUGCUGUAGAUCUAUGGGAGACAGCAGAGCCAAUGUAGAGGAUGACUGAGAAAGGGUAGGGUCAUCAAAGACAGACCAGGGGAGCCCCCCACCAAGGUAAGGCUGCCUUCCUAGACCAUGAGCCAUAGUUGAGGUGACAGGAAAUCACAGUGGUGAGAUAGAAUCAAAUUUUUCAGGGAAGUUUCUGUCAGAAUAGGAAUGGUCUGUGUGUAUAUAAUGAUGAAUUCUCUUAAUGUUGUGAGUAGAAAAACAGUCCUAGGAAGGGAACCAGGUAUUAGGGGGGGAUUUGGAAAAGAAAGCACAGAACAAACCCAUAGGAACAAGAGCAGUGUUGUUUCCCAAGUUAAGCUAGUGAACAGAGCUAUCUCAGUGUCUGAAUUGAGAAAGCAUAACAAGAGUCAACCACAAUUGCACAGGAAGGAAUGGAUAAGGUGUGAAGAUGUUUUUAGGCCAGGGUAGAAAAAAUUAUAGAGAGGAGGGGCAGAGAUUAUAAAACCAGCUUUUCUGCUUCAGCAUCUAAUUUGGGUUUAGCAUUGCUCCCUUCAUUCAUUAAACAAAUGUUCAACAACCAAUACUAAAUGUACCAAAUUCUACUGAAUUAAAUUAUGAAGCUUUGAAAUCCCUCAGCAUGUCAGUAACAGUGGGGUGGAGUUGGGGAAUGCUGUCAUUGCUCUGGAAGAAAACUUAUAGCUAUUGCUUUCUGUUUUAUAAGCUUUAUACAUGUCUUGAUUCCAAUAAAGUGUUUUACAAGA